GGGCCCAUAAUGACUGUGUAGUGACCCGAGUGGAUACAGUGCGAGUCCUGAACCCGAGAGCGUGCCUGUGGAGUCCCUUUGUUGAUUCCACGCCAGUGCUUGAGUGUGGGUGCUUGUGGUUGUGUGUGCGUGAUGGAUAAGAUGAAGAAGUUGCUGGUGAUGUGCUUGGUGGUGUGGUGGAGUCUCCUCACGGGCCGCCUGUGUGACUCCCUGCACCGCCACGAGUCCACGGAGCUCCUGGACGACCUGUCGAUCCCCCAUCACAACCGCUGCGAGCCCAUCACGGUGUCCAUGUGCACAGACAUGCAGUACAACACCACCAUCAUGCCCAAUCUCAUCGGGCACACGAAGCAGGAGGAGGCGGGCAUGGAGCUGGUGCAGUUCAUGCCCCUGAUCAAGGUCAACUGCAGCCCGGACAUCCACUUCUUCCUCUGCACCCUCUACGUGCCCAUCUGCACAGUCCUGGACAGACCCAUCCCGCCGUGCCGCAAUCUGUGCGAGAGCGCGCGCCUCUGCGAGGAGAUCAUGCAGCGCUUCAACUUCCACUGGCCCGAGAACCUGGAGUGCUCGAAGUUCCCCGAGGCGGGCGGCGAGGAGAUUUGCGUGGCGGAGAACACAACGGCCACGGCGGCCACGCCGACCGCCGGCCCACCGCCAACCGGCGGCAAGUCGCGCCGCAUAAAUGUGCACAAGGGCGCCAAUGAGCACACUGGCGUCGGUUCGUACAGGAACAUAGGAUUCGUCUGUCCAGUGCAGCUGAAGACGCCUCCGGGGCUCGGCUAUGAGCUCAAUGUGGGCGGAAAGGUGACCAAGGACUGCGGGGCGCCCUGCCACUUGAUGUUCUUCGCCGAGAGCGAGAGAACAGUGCUGCGAUACUGGGUGGCAUCCUGGGCGGCCGUGUGCUGCGCCAGCUGCCUCUUCACCGUGCUCACCUUCCUCAUUGACCCGUCGCGCUUCCGCUACCCUGAGCGUCCCAUCGUCUUCCUGGCCGUGUGCUACCUGAUCGUGGGCUGCGCCUACGUGGCGGGACUGGGUGCUGGCGACUCUGUCGCGUGUCGCGAACCAUUUCCUCCACCCGUCAAGAUCGGACGCCUCCAGAUGCUCUCGACCAUUACGCAGGGUCAUCAGCAGUCCAAUGCCUGCAUCGUCCUGUUCAUGGCGCUCUACUUCUGCAGCAUGGCGGCCUUUGCUUGGUGGGCCUGUCUGGCGCUCGCCUGGUUCCUCGCCGCCGGCCUGAAGUGGGGCCACGAGGCCAUCGAGAGUCGCGCUCAUCUCUUCCACGCCGUCUCCUGGGCGAUUCCCUUCAUCCAGACUGUGAGCGUGCUGGCACUGGGAAAAGUCGAAGGUGACGUUCUGUCUGGCGUGUGCUUCGUGGGUCAACUGGACACUCACUCUCUGGGCAUCUUCCUGCUCCUGCCGCUGUGCAUCUAUCUGGCCGUUGGCGCACUGUUCCUGCUGGCCGGCUUCGUCUCCCUCUUCCGAAUACGCACCGUGAUGAAGCACGACGGCAAUCGCACGGACAAACUGGAGCGUCUCAUGAUGCGCAUCGGCUUCUUCAGCGGCCUCUUCAUUCUGCCAUCCAUUGGCUUCCUGGCGUGCCUCUUCUAUGAGUACUACAGCUUCGACGAGUGGAUGAUCCACUGGAAUCGGAACAUGUGCACCAAGUUCAGCACCCCUUGUCCACUUCCGCGGCCGCAUCGCGACGACCAGAAGCCCAUCUUUCAGAUCUACAUGGUGAAGUACGUGUGCAGCAUGCUCGUGGGCGUCACGAGCAGCGUGUGGCUGUGGUCAGGGAAGACUGUGGUGAGCUGGCGCCUCUUCAUUGAGCGUCUGCAGGGCAAAGAUUCGGCCCGCAGUCGAGCCACGGCGUACGUGUGAAUCACCCAAAGACUCUCAAUUCUUCUCCCACACAUCACACGUAGAGUUCUCUGGGAGCAAUCGCUGAGGAUUCUCCCAGAGUUUAGACUGUAAGUCAUUAGUAGACCCCGUUUAAUUGAUGAUGGCGUUGUAGCCAUCAUUCUUUAGAGAUUUAAAGAAAAUGACACUCUUUGGCAAGAAACCUGCAAUCUAAAGCUGUUUCAAAGACUGAAUUCAGCUCACUGCAUCUCAUAUUUGUUGAAAUACUCAUUGUCAUACUUUGCAAUCUAAAUAUACUUUAGGAAUUAUAUAUAGUGGAAAAUAUCGAGCUUUAUGUAAUGAAAAAAAAGAAGAAAUGUGAAAUUAAGAAAGCCUCAGUAGAGUUUCCCUGGCGAGAAUUUGUUGUGCUUCUCGUGGUGCAUUUUAAUAGAUGAAGACUAAGAAGAAAUAUGAAUGGAAAUGUAGACUUAGAAAUUGUAUAUAUUAUGAAUAUCGUUAAUCAACCACCAAAACCUGUAAAUAUCCUUUCAUUCAAUUGUAAAAUAUACAUAAAAUCUUCUGAAAUGUGUAGCUUUCAAGUAGAAUACACAAGAGAGAGAGAGAGAGGGAAAGAGAGAAAGAGAAGAUGAAUAGAAGUGUAAGUUAGUGCUAUCUUUUUAGAUAAGUUUGUAAAGAAUGACUGCCAAAAACUGUCUCACAAUUUAGAUUAAUGGAGAAAUGUGUAAAGUUUAGCGCAUAACUCUAGACAAAAUGUAAUAUCUAACAUGUCUUUUGUAGUUGAUUUGUGUACAGUUGAACAAAUAUACGUCGCGCAAUAUA